GUUUUACGGUAGGCGCGUGUUUUAAUUUGAAACGUUGCAGCCUGCACUUAAAGUUUAUAGUGAAUUCUAGGCUCCAUGUGGAACUUUAGCUGUGACUGUUAAGCUCUUUUAACCUCACAGCGGCAUUUGUACUGAUUUUUACUAAUUCUACCGUCUCAACAUUAGGACCGAGUGAACUGUUGCGCCGUUAACUCAUCCUCUGCUUAGCGGACGGAUAUUCCACCUACAACUUAAGUGACGCGAAUUGGCAAAAGUCAGUCAAGCCCUCUAUCUGCAUGCUGAGAUUUCGUCACACCAAGCCAUCAGCUAUGAUGAGACUCCCAAGGCGACAACAGGUAACAUUAAACAAUUGUCCAGACUUAUUAAGGAAACGUAUUGGGAAUCCGGCUGUCAAUGAGAUUCGGAAAAAGGCAGAACUCAUCAUCAUCAACAGCAGCGUAGAACUUUGCACAUUCUAUUCUGAAUAUGUCUGAAAAGAAACGGAAACAGCGGUUAACUGGCGAUAAGCUGGAUGGAGACCCACUGAAGCCUACACUGGAGGAAAUCGACAUUGCAAAUUACUUACAUAGAAAGCUACCAUCUAGAGAAGGACGUCUCUCGGGAAUGAUUGUUCGCAUAUUUGUAGCAAUGGAAGCCAUAGAGUUGCUGAUGAACUCCCCUUGGGCCAGAUCGAAUGACGAUUCGAAACCAACUCUUUUUACAAGUCAAACUACAGCAGUUAAUUUCAUGACAACUUUGUUUCAAAAGCAAAUGUUUCAGCGUGUAGUUCGUGUCAAGAAAAAGCCCAUUAAAAACCGUGAAGAUGCGAAAUCGUCGAAGCCCAAACCAAAAAAGCUCACUGAUGGAAAGGUUGUCUCCAGCAAAAAUGUUGUCGAUGCGCCUUCAGAUGAAAAUUUGAAUUCUCAAGAGCCUGAUUCUUCUAAACCAUCAAAAUCUGGCAUUUUCUCAUCUAUCUCUUCUAGUAUUAAUGAAUUCACUAAGAAAUCAAACAAGAAACCAAUGCGAUUAGAAAUUGUAGAUGAGCAAAACUUUGUACUAGAUGAUCCGCAUACAUUUUAUGUUUGGAUUUAUGAACCACCACCAGGAUUGUUUACAUGGUUAGCUGGUGCAGCUUUAAUUAUUGGCAUUAUAUUGUGUUGUUUAUUUCCUAUUUGGCCAUCGGAAUUACGUCAAGGUGCAUAUUAUUUAACAAUAACUGCUUCAGGACUAUUAGGUGUUUUACUUUUUGUAGGAUUAAUACGUUUCUGUUUUUAUCUACUUGUAUGGUUAACUACUUUGGGUCAAUAUAGUUUUUGGAUAUUUCCUAAUUAUUUUGAAGAUUGUGGUUUCUUUGAAUCAUUUCGUCCAUUGUAUUCAUUUAAACAUGUAUCUGAUACUUCAGCAGUAACAGUGAGCAAGAAAAGCAAAACAAAAGUGAAAUCAACUAGUGAUGUUUCUACUACUACUACUAAUUAUGCCAUGAGUAAUAGUAAUACUACUACUACUACUACUACUACUAGUAGUAGUAGUGCUGUCACUACUACUGGUAAUGAUUCUAAUACUGUCGGAUUAUUAUCAUGUACAGCAGAAACCAUCACAAAAUCAUCUGAAGAGAUUAAAUUAAAGAAACGAUGUUAAACAAAGAUGUAAUUAUCAAUGAGAAUAAUGAUGAGUUUAUAAUAAUCCUACUUACCUCAUUUUGUUUUUUUUUAUUUUUUGCGCUUUCUUUUUUUCUGUCUCUCUCCCUCACUGUCUGUCUGUGUGUCUCUCAAUGUUAAAAAAAUAUAUGAUAAAAAUUGUAUAUUACACUUUUAGCAUAUAAACAUCUGUUACAAUGUCAUUCAUCUUUCUUUAUUUCUUUCUUCAUUAUCAUCUUAUAUUUUCAUCUCGUUAAUAAAUAUUUUAACUUGAGUAGAGAUAUUUGUGUGGUGCUUUUUCUCUUCCCAGAAUUAAAUUUGUGAUACAUGUGUGUGUGUAUGUGUAUGUAUGUCUGUGUAUGUGUGUGUGUGUGAGCACGCUCUAUGGUAUAUUUUGUCUGUUUUAUGCCAAUUGAUUUUUAAUCACAUCGAAUGUUAUGAUCGGUUAUCAUUUUCUUUACACUUUCAGCAGUCUGUUGUUUAUAUAAUGAUUAAUUUCGUAUGUAAUUUUCUUAUUUUCCCCACUGAUCAAUUUCAUUACAGCAUAAAUGAUGAAAUUGAGGAAAAUUAUAUAUAUAUAUAUAUGGA